AUGGUCUUUUCAAACAAAGACAACAAGCAUAACCAACUACAUUAAACAAAGUUAUUGUACCUUUUUGAAUACAAACCAUAGACAUAGUUAAACUCUGAAAACCAGAGGACUUUUCCAUCAUGAUUAGCUAGCCUAUUAAGUCUCUUGUACGUAUUUUUUUAGUACUUGAUACAUCGAUUUUCAUAGUAGAGUUUCAUGUAACUUUCUCCAUUUUAAAAUUUCUACUUUGUCCUUAAUUUUCAAUAAGGCUAAAUUGGUAAUUGGCUAACAUGGAAGAAACUGUUUUUUUACUAUGUGUUGAGUCCUCGCAGUUUUUCAAUUUAAAUUUUUUUGAGCUUUUUUAUCUUUGUUCUUAUCCCUUCCUAAACUCCUCUGAAACUCCCUCUAUAGUGCAAUAGUUUGCUCCCUUUCACUUCCCAAUACAAGGUCACCUAUGAAAAUCAAUCUUCUCAUAUCUCGUAGAACUACGGUUUUAUUGUUGGGGAAGCUGGGAAAGUAGAAGAUUUCAACUCUUAUAUAAGUCCAUGGCGAAUAGAAUGGAGUUCAAUCAAGUAGUUAGGGUCUGGCCUAUCUCGCUCUAUUCCUCUACACUCGCAUCGCCUAAUGGUUUUAUCUCUCCUAUAUCUAUGAACUAAUAGAAGAACUAUUUUGUUGCUUCUAUGUUGCUGCAAACAAUGGUCGAUAAGUUAUAUCUUACUCCUUUAUUCCUCUUCCUAUACCAGACUUUGAACUUGAAUGGGUUUUUGGUAUUCGCCGAAUGUUAAUCGCUUCACAUAUGUAAGUCAUUCAUUUCUUCUCUUUGUCUCCUGAUUUUAUCUUUUUGAUUAAUAACAAAACAAAUUUUAUUUUCAUGUUGUCUUAGGAGCAGAACAUGCAGAAAAUAUAUUUCUUUUGAUUUUAUUGCCUAAUACGAUGUUUAAGGAGGGACUAAAUUAUCAUUGUGAAUGGAAUUAAUGAUACAUUUUUAUAUUUUAUAUUCAUAAAUGAUGAUAGUAUUUCUUCAAAUGUUCGACCUAUACACAGGGGCGUAACCAGGAUUUUGUCGAGGGUGGGUCCAUUUAGAAAAAAAUACGAUAAAAUAGUUUUGUUAGUGUUUUAAAUAAUUCAUGAUAUACUUUUGUAUUUACAAAAAUUUGGUAAAUUAAUUAUAGGUCGAAACUCUCAAGAAUAUCACUCUGUAUAUAUCAACCAAUUAUUAAUGAUUUAGUUAGACAUUUGCUUUUGAAUAGUGUUCUUCGUCAAGACCAUCUAGUACCAAUAACUCAAGUUUUUGUGAAAGAUUUAAUAAUAGACUUAUACUAUUUAACAAUGUUUUUCGUCAAGACCAGUUACUACCACUUUCCCGCUAACGAAAACCAACUAAUACGUGCUUAAAUUUUUCGCAAAUCCGAAUAUCAUGUGCUUUACAAAUGGGGUCGCCAAAAUUCGAACACAUGAUCUCUCGAUCAACCAUUCUCAAUUAGAAGUGUCUUAAAUUUCAUUCUCAAUUAAACAUUAUACUAUUUUACUCAUUUUUGUCCUUAGGAGCCACCCGUUACACUCUCUCUACCCCUGAUUGAAAUAAAAUUAUUUUUAUAAAUUAGCUAUGAUUUGGUGAAAAUUUGUUCGAGAUGGUAAACAAAUACAUCUUUAAUUUUGGGUGGAUCAUAUGCACCAUUAUCAUUUGUACAUCACUCGUUAUAAAAACAUUGUAUAUGUCAAUACCCAACUUUUAUCAUUCAUCAAAUAUUUGAAAGAUCAACUAUUCUCAUUUAAAUACGUGUUAUUUUUCAUACCCGAUUUACUAUUAUACCUAAUUUAUUAUUUUUCCUCCCGAACCAGGGUGGGUCCCGAGACCCACCCUCUAACCUUCUCCCUCCGCCCCUGCUUAUACAUUCAUUAUUUAUGUAGCAUCUCGAUCGAAAGAUUGUCAAUAAAAUCAAACGGAUUGAUAAAGUUAAAACAUAACGUAAAAAUAUAAAUACUCAAAUAUGAACAUUCCGACCAACGGAUUGGAUUAUAAGUUAGUAGGAAAAUAUGUUAAUUUAAUAAAUGAAAAUACCAUUCCGCAGGUGUGCAUAUUCUUAGGGGAAAAAGGUAAAACAAUUUCAUAAUAAUGAAAAUGUUAACUUUCCUUGUGAUCUCUUACUAGUUGACGAUGAUGUGACAAAUUGAUGUCCAUUCAAUAUUAUAAGAGAUUAAUAUUUGAGUUUGAAUGUUUAGUUCCUCUGUAACUAAUUAAAAUGUCCAAAAUAUUUAGGUUGGAAAAAGAUUAAUAGGGGUCGGAUUUAGCCACAAGACUUUAUGCGAGAAAUUCCAAUGACAAUUUGAUAUAUCUGCCCAUCGUCAAUUCGAAAAUACUAUUACUUCCUCGUUAUACGGCCAAGAAUGAAGUGAUUCCAUUGAUGUUUUGUAAAAUUCCUCUCACGAAGAAAAGGCAACAAAGGGUUAUACUCGUAUUGAAAUAAAUUUUAUGAGGAUAAAAUAAUCUUAAACCAUCAUGAAUUUGGACUCAUCUCUCAAAUUCCACAUUUCAUUUGGAUUAACAGAUUUGUGGGGUCACGGAUUUGGGACCGAAUUUUGAAUAUGAAUUCGUGAACCCCACAAAUUUCCUUCUUCCAUUUUUCUCUUGCAAACGAAAAAUUUGGACUAAAUUCAUGAUGCUUGGGAUUUGGGUGACAAGUUCAUAACCCAAAUCCAACAAACAAACAACCCCUUUUGCUUUAUGAAUUUUAAAUAUUCAGAUUUUGGAAAGCUCUAGAUUUAUGAUAGUGGAUAUGUUGGCAUUAUGGAUUUGACGAGUAUAUUGUUUGCUUAUUAGAUUUGAUUUUGAAUUUGUUUGAUUACGUCAUGGUUAUAUAACUAUGCUCCAAUUCCACCACUUUGACAUGAGAUUUGCAAGUCAGUGGAGAUUGAGCCCUCAAAGUCCAAGGUCUCCACGAAUUUUAUCUCCAGCAAACUUCAAACAAACAUAAUGGAUUGAAUUUGGAACUCAAAUCUAUCAUCUAAAUCCACAAAAUAGACAUAACUCAAAUAACCGAUUUCGUAGGGAUCCGAAACUUCGAUGACCAUUUAUGUAAUUUGACCCUUAAUCACUUUUUCUCGUAUAACAUUACGACCUUAGCACAGGACAGAGUUAAGCCAGGAGCCAAACAGCACCUAGAUUUCGAUAUAAACGAAGUCCACCACUGGACAACAACCAGUCCAACAAACAACACAAGUAGAAGCAAUAAAACGAGGCUCCAGCUCCAGCCAUCGGCGAUAACCACAAGAAAGCACCCAACUGUACAAGGGUCCUUUAUAAACAUUCUCCAUUCCUUCACUUCCCCUUCCAUCCACCUCUUUCUCCUUCUUCGCCUCUCUCUUCUGCCUUUCUCGUCUUCCUCUGCCAACAGGAGAAGGAGAACAAUGGCCUCCAUCACAAGAGCUUCCGUCUCCAUGCCGUCUCUCUCCGCCUCUGUUAACCAGAGCCAGCGGAGGAUAUCUGGGAUGAAUUCCGUCUCCUUUCCCGUCAGUGGAAGAUCCAUGAUUCCUUCUCUGAGAUUGCAACGCGGGCUCCAAGUUUGCUGCGCGGCCAAGCAAGAGACCGUAGACAAAGUGGUUGCAAUUGUGAAGAAGCAGCUUGCUCUGCCAGCAGAUGCCGCUGUCACUGGAGAGUCUAAGUUUGCUGCUCUUGGUGCCGAUUCCCUUGAUACUGUCGAGAUUGUGAUGGGACUUGAGGAGGAGUUUGACAUCACCGUGGAGGAAGAGAGUGCACAGAGCAUUACCACAGUCCAGGAGGCCGCUGAUAUGAUCGAGAAGCUGGUCGAGAAGUGAAGCUACUGAAGCUUUUUGAUCAUAUUAAGUUAUAUAUUAUCAAACUGAGUUGUGUUGUUGGAGGGUUUUUUUCUAGUUUCUAAGACGAAGAAUCUUUUAGUUUGUUGCAGUUUCUGAAACGUUUCGGUUGGCUAGUUUGGUCGUGUGCCUGAACUUAAAUUAUGUUACUGUGACCGUUUCUGUUUUAAUCUUCAUGGCUGGGUUUCUUUAGAUAUCUCCAAAGGUCUCAAGCUUGUUCGCUGAUUUCGAAUGCCAGAUGUUAAGCCAGCAAUAGCAUUCUGGGUUCUUUGUCGAAUUUCUCAAUUGAAAUAAAAUCAAGUUGGAGAAACGCA